AUGGCCGACAAAAAGAUCACCCCCCGCGUCUUCAUCAUCCGCCACGGCGAAACCGAAUGGUCCCUCAAUGGCCGACACACGGGCACCUCGGACAUCCCCCUCACCUCCAACGGCGAAAAGCGCAUCCGCGCAACUGGCAACGCCCUCGUCGGCGACGACCGUCUGAUUGUCCCCAAAAACCUCGCUCACAUCUACGUCUCCCCACGCACUCGCUCCCAACGCACCCUCGAGCUUCUAAACCUUGGCUGUAAAGAUCCCAUGCCGUGGAACGAGGGUGCGGAACAUGAUGAUGGUAACAUAAAGACGAAUGCAAAAGUCCAAGUCACGGAGAGUGUAAGAGAAUGGGAUUAUGGCGAUUAUGAGGGCUUGACGAGCAAAUACAUUGGGGAGCAGAGGGAAAAGGAAGGUUUGCACAAGUGGGAUAUUUGGAAGGAUGGGUGUCCUGGGGGUGAGAGUCCUGAGCAGAUUACAGAGCGUUUGGAUGCUGUGAUUGCAGAGAUUAGGGAAAAGUACCACAAGGAUGUUAUUGGGAAACCAAAGUCUGAGGCGCCGCCGUAUGAUGUGUUGAUCGUGGCACAUGGACAUAUUCUGAGAGCUUUCGCGGCAAGGUGGAUCAACAAGAAUAUUGCUGAUAACCCGAGCAUGUUGCUUGAUGCUGGUGGUGUGGGUACUUUGAGCUACGAGCACCACAGCAUCGACGAGCCAGCUAUUUUGCUAGGAGGUGGUUUCAUGGUCGACGUGGUGGAGAAUGCAGAGGAAGAUGUCAAGAAGAACUAG